GGGCCACCCCCGUGCGGCGGGGGCGGGCUGGGGAUGCGGAGGCUGCUGGCAUCCCUGGGUCCGUGGCAGCUCUAGGGCCUACCUGCGUCACCCCUUUCUCUGCCUGGCCUCCGGGGUUCUCCUCGGCCCCCUCUGACAGCCGGGUGCACCUGUCGCAGGCCUCUCCGGAGGAGCGGGGAAGGCCGCCACGCGAGAGACGGGCUCCGGGGCCGCUGCCGAGGCUGGUUGCGUGGGCACGGCCUGGGACAGUCUGGCUUUGCUCGAUUUAAAACGAGGACUCCUGCUCCCCCUCCCCCAUCGUCGGACGGGGCGCCCGGAUGGCCCCGUUGCCAGGGGCGGAGCUGGUCCGUAGGCCGCUGCAGCUCUACCGCUACCUGCUGCGCUGUUGCCGACAGCUGCCGACCGAGGGCGCCCGGGAGCACUACAAGCAUGCUGUCAGGCAGAGUUUCCGGGUUCACUCAGAUGAAGACAACCCUGAGAGAAUCCAGCAGAUUAUCAAAAGAGCUAUUGAAGAUGCUGACUGGAUCAUGAACAAAUAUAAAAAACAAAAUUGAAUCCAGAGCCCACAGCAAAGCUGUCCUGGAGACAUUUGAAGUUGAGAAGUCUCUCCUCUUCUGGAACUAAUCAACACCAUUGUCAGUAGCAGCAGCACCAGCUCUAGAAUAUUCUUUGGCCUUGUUGGCUGAGAAAGCAAGAAACCAGAGGAGGAAGAAGCUGACAUUUGCUUAGCUGGCUCUUACCAACAAUCAUGUUUCCAGCAUCUUUUAUGUUUGCUCUUCCAGCCAGGAAUAAUGUAAAAUUUGAGGAGAAUGUGGUGCUUUUUUGUUUUUUCUGUGUGUUUUUCAUUUUCAUUUUUCUGUUCUUUUACUUUGCUCUGAAGGCGAUCCAUUUGUUCUGGAGGUCUUUUUAUCAUUCUGUGAGCCCCAAAACAGAUGUCCCCCCAGAUAAUCACAUGCACAGAGCAAGGAGAGUGGGCUUCAGGAGCAGGCAGAUGUGGAUCUGACUCCCAUGAAGCAGCUUUUCUCAGGUGUGCUGGGAGCUGUUUCAUCCUGGGUGAUGAAAAGGUGAGGUGAAGUCACAGUGCCCAACACAGGAGGCUGUGUGAAGGGUGUGAGGAAGCCAGGCCGCAUGUCCCCGCCCUCCCCCCGCGUGCUCUGUGCCCCGCUCCGGCACACUGUGUCUGCCCUGGCUUACAGUGCUUUGUCGUGAGCUUGUCUUGUGAGCCCGGAGCUCCAGAGCCCGCUGGGUCACACCAUGCCCAGCAGUCUGCUGAACCACUGCAGGCUGGCUCAAUCCCUGCAUGCCCAGGGACGCGGAAGCCCUGGUGGGUGAAGCAGGUGAAAUGAGCGCGGUGUCCCCCUGCGAAGAAGCCCAAGGCAGCCGCGGGAUGUAUAGCACAUCCGGGCUUCUUGAGCCUCCUUGACUUUCCCCAUCACAGAGAGGCGGAAGCAAGGGAGAGAAGGAGGGCAGCUCCAGGGAGAAGUGGCCUAAGCCUGCUAAGCAGCCAGAAGAUGGAGGGAAGCCAUGCUAGAAGCUGAGCAUGUCCCAGAGGCACUCAGCCAGCAGGGUGAACUAGUGCCUGUGUGUGUCCUUGCAAUUUUGUGAGUUAAAGUGAUAUCUGUCUGCAAAAUGUAUGAACAAAUAAUAAAGUAAAUGUGUCAGUUUGUGAAAA